AUGCCCAUCAUCACCAUAUCGAAGUCCUCGGCCCUUCGGGCGGCCUGGCACAAGGAGCUCCUUGCAAGCAACCUUUCUGCACAGCUCGACGAUGGCAGCUUAAUAGAAUUCCCACCGGCACUUCUGCAGCUCACGAGGGAUUAUCUCAACCGGAAAAGGCUCGUGGCCAACUCCGACGAGCGCAACCGGCACAUCGACGAGCUCAUCCGGGACCAUGUGCAAAACGAGCAUGGCGAUCCUGAGGUUGCCAUCCUGGCCUGCACCCUGGAGUACUCACCGUUCACCGCCAUCGCAGCACUCAAGUCUCUGCGAGGUGACAACCAGGAAAAUCCAAGCUAUACCAGGUAUCUGCGCUGCCUCGUCGUCGCCAGUAGCAUCGCACCACGAUAUGUGUCCAUCCCAGAAGCCCAGGUUGCCCAGUAUCUGUUGCAAAUUCGACUAGGCUACGCAGAUCCCCUCCAAAUUUUCCACAAUAUGAUAGCGACCCUAUCGACGAUUCCAAAUUCGCAGAUGCUCCCGGCCGAGUACAUCAACCGGCUGCUCGCUUUCUGCCAAAUCCCCCAAUCCUACCAACUGUACCUGCACAUGCUGCAGAACCAGUGUCGUUUUGCCAGCCUCUACCGCAGCGUUUCGUGGGUCCACGAGUACCUGUCAAACCAGCAAUGCCAGCUUGCACGAGAGGUUCUUGAGGGCCAGAUCCCCGACUUGCAACUGUGGGCCAGCUGGAAGCCAGACGAAGCCAUGUUGCAGAAGUGGGAGACAUACAACUUCACACCCCAGCAUCUCGCACGACUUCGGCCCAUCUUCCACCUGGAAGGCCCUGAUCUGACACGCACCGGCAACCCUACUUUCAAAGACUGCGGUCCUGCAUGCUUCCAAACCGUGGCAGUCGAGCCUGCAGACGUGGCGUUGAUCCAGCGUCUACAGCAGCUCCUCCUUCAAGCCAUGGAGAUCGGGCCAGAGGCCAUUAGUUUGCUGUCGCGUCUCUGCAUCGAAAGCACAGCUACGGACAACUCUUUAACGUUUGCCGAGACAAUUAUCCGCAUCGCUGAUCCGGAAUGCUGCACUGCUGCUAUUGUCCUUGUCAACUCGCUGACGCCCACAGCCAGUGUCAGCGCCAGGAUGAUGACACUCUCCAGCACAUUGCUCACGCUGCAGCGGCACCCGGCCCUGCGCGAGGUCUUUGCCAGUCGUAUCAUUGAUAUCGUCGUUCCCACAAUGGAGGCCGCGCAAGAGUCAUACAAGACCCAUCUGUUUGGCAGCACCAACGACACGCUUAGCUACAAGAUCCAAGCUUACGGCCGCGCCAUAAGGUACGCGCCCUGGCUCAACGAGUUCGUGUCGGCCGAGUUCCUUGCUGGUCUCGAUCGCUUCCCGCCCGAGGACGUCUUCCAAGGCAUCAUGUCGCGCCUGCAGGUGCCGCAGUCAGAGUCGGUGGAAAAGGCGUUGAAGGACUACCUGCUGGCCACACUGGGCGGUACAGGCACAGAAGAGGAAAUUGCGUCACUCAAAGUGGCGGUCGACGGGGAACAGGAGUUUUGGAUCACUCACCAAGACGUGGAGCGCAACCGGAUCCUGGGCAUCAUCCGCAAGCUGGCUUACAUGAAAGACAUGGAAUUCUUGCACGCGUGUCGCCUGCAGAUUCUCGUUGAAGAUGUCGUGCUGCUCCGAGAUCUGCUCGGCCUCAUUGAGCGGGACUCCCAUGUGUCGUGCAUCGACAUGCUGCGCAUUCUGGCCCGCCGUAUCGAGCUCCCUAUGGUUGUGCACGACGUGUGGAUUUCGCUGAUGAUGCUCAUGCUAAAUCAGCGUGCGGACGACCUCCUUGUCUGGUCGUGUGACAACCUCACCGUCCAGGACUGGUUCCGCUUUGUGACGGACAUGCGCGUCGUGUUCAAUGGCCGGCCCGACCAGAUGGCCGCUCUGGCCAACCUUGGAAUGAGCCUGCAGCGCCUCACAUGGUGGCAGCAGCUGCAAACCGAAUACCUGGUGGGUGUUGAGUACCUCGAUCGCUUGCAGCGGCGCCAGAAUGGAGGGAUCGCGUCCAUGAAGUGGCUGUACCUCCAAGAGAUUCCCAACGUGACGGCUCUGCUAAGCACCAUUGUCGGUCGCAAAACGCUUGGCUACGACCCGCAGUGGAUUCUAUCAUUUUUCGACUCGUCGCCCAGUAGCAUCACAACGCUCUGCAGCUGCCUGGCGGCACACGACGAGAGCAGCCCGCAGGGCCUGUACGGCAUCCGUACGAUCCUGGAGCGGUUCUACAUGCACGAAGGGUGGCCCGACAGCGCCACGCAAGCGUAUAUGCUGGCUUGGCGGCGAUCCAAGGACUUGACUGAAGGCGACAAGAACGCAAUCACGCUUUUGGCCGAGCUCAUGGGCAUCAAGCCGUCACUCAACCCACACGGCCUCAAUGUCAUCAAAAACAAGAUGCUCAGAGAGUAUGACCGUGUCAUUGAGCUGGCGCGCGAGGUCGAGGGGCUGCGCCUCCAGCUGGAUCGCAAGGAUAGUACGCGGACCAACUCGCUGGCCAAACGCAUCGGCAUGCAGGGCACACGCCCGUACAUUGACCCGGACAUCCCCGAGGCCCUGAGCGACGCCAUUGAGUGCGUGGGCACCAAGGAGUACGAGCUGUGCUUCCCGCUUGCGCACCUGCAGGGCCACGACCGGAAAGUCCGUGGCAUCGGCAGCGACCUCUUCCCCAUCCUGACCGUGCGGGUGAUUCUAAAUGGCGUCGAACGCACGCACGGCUUUUGUGUGCACCUCGUGCCGCACGAGACGGUGCACGAACCGGGAAAGGGCCUGCAAGUGCAACUCAAACAGCAAAUGAACCACACGUACUGGCGACCCAAGUCCAACGCCCACCGCAAGCCGACCAGUCGCCUUUGUACGGCCAGUUUUAACCUAUUUACGCAUGCACUGGCGCAGCGACUUCAUCGACAUUUUUUGCUAGGCGGUGUCACGCUCAAGAGCGUCUACGACCUCACCAACGAGACGAUCCGGCGGCCCGGGUCGCAGUGCACGGCCUGUGGAGAUGAGCUUACGGGCCUGUGGAAGCCGACAAUCUGUACCAAAGACGGCUGCAUCAAGGAGAUGUCGCAGUCCGGCCUGCUGGUCCGCGCCUACGGCCUGCUCAUUGAUGCGCCCGUCCUGGACUUUUUGCUAUGCUGCCUGUACGCGGCGGCCAAGGAUAAUUCAGGCCUCCAGCUGCUGUCCACCGACUGCCCCUACGAAAAGAGCCGGCUGAUAACGAUCCUGGACUCGUUCCCGCGGCUACAAGCCGACGACACCAUGACGCCGUUUGACCUGCUCAACAAGAUCCGGCUCGGUAACUACCUGUCGCACGAACGCGAGCAGGUGCUGGCCUGGAUGAGCAAGUGGUUCCGAGGCUGCAUGCUAUCGGCGCCGCAGGGCAAGCGGCUGUCCAUCAUGUCGGACGUUGACCAGUUCUUGCUGUACAACUCGACGCCCGAAUGCGAAAAGGCGUUUGAAUCCUACAACACAAACAGCGCCAGCAGCGGCUCCGCGCGCCUGGCGCCGCUCCCGCGCACGGGCGAUGUCGUCUUCCACGGCUCGCAGACGUCGCGUAUGUGGAAGGUGCUCACCGAGGGCCUGCGCAACAUGUCCAACACGCGCUACAUGGCGCACGGGGCCGUCAACGGCCCCGGCAUCUACCUGGCCGACGAGCCGUCGACGUCGUUUAGCUACAGCGGCACCCUUAAUAAUACGUGGUCCAAGAGCGCGUUUAGCAACAAAAAAAUACUGCUGGGCUGCGAGCUGAUCAAGGACGACCCGCUUGCGACGCUGCCGCCGGGUACCAAGAAGCCACCGGCGGGCACGCACAUUGUGACAGACGAGUCGCGCGUGCUCGUGCGCUACGUCUUUAUCUGUCCCAGCGGCUACAGCAUGCCGCCGGUGCGGCACAUUGAGACGGGCAUGCGGUCGACCUUUGCCAGUCUGCGGUCAGGGGCUGCCCUGUAG